UUAAGACUAGAGAACUACCUGAGAGAAGAUAGUCACGGGAGAAGACACUCAMAGACACACAGACAGAGAUUAAUCAAGGGGGAGGGACCGGAGGUUUAUCACUCCAUACAAACGCCCCACAGACACAGGUGAGCUGAUAAGGCUGUCCAGGGCGCUCAUUCAAACACAGAACGUCUGGAGAGCUGUGUGUUCUAACCCAACAGAGAAGAGCGAAAUAUAUUGAGUGAGCAUAAAAAGACUGUUUCCUGAUUACCUCAGGAUACAAAGACAAACACAGAGUUGCCUAAAGGCCAACUAGACCCUUCAACUGAGUGACCUUGAACUCACUAACUGACGUUACACACAAUCAAGUCUAUGCCUCUGAAGACUUCCCUGUACUUAAAAUCGGCCACCAUGCGCUGGCCCCGCAAGCAGAAGCGCCGUGAGCUGCUGUCAGUCAACAUGAUCAGCCUACCACUGGGCGACUUCCGUCACCUUUCCCACAUCGGRUUGGAUGCCCACGGUGAUACCUUCGGCGACCUCACAGCCUUCCACCGGACUGGUAGUCUCAUCCUCCACAGCUCUCAAAGCCACCAGGACCUCUACUCCAAAGGGAUCGCCCCACCCAAGCCCCCACGACUCCUCAGCCCAGAAGAGAUGGAUGCGCAGUCCGCCGAAACCAGAACCCUUCCCCAGGCUUUCAGGCACAAUAAGUGCCACUCCCUGCCUUUACUGGAUGAUGUGGAGCAUGAUGGGUUGUACCAACAAGAGGAGGUAAAGCAGAAGCAGGAAGAGGAGGGAGGGUUAACGAUGGGUCCGGAUGGAUUUGAAUUGAACGCGGCCCCCCAACAGGUUCCUUGUCCACCAGUGGAGGCCUCUCCAGUGGUCGAGGAAGACUCGUCUUUUGCCCUGAACCUUGACCUGGGGCCAUCCAUACUAGAAGAUGUCCUGCAGGUGAUGGACCAGCUUUACCAGUGAGACUUUGAGAAGGGUGGCCCUCAGAACAAAAUCUAUUACAAUCAUAUGUAUGAGGGCCUUUCAAGAAACCCAAGACACUGUACCAGACACUGUACAUAGGGAGAACUCCAAACUCCUUCCUUUCUAAUGGGAAUUGAAAGAGGUUGUGCCAUGGAUGGACAAAUGGGCUGAAUCAUUGUCAACUGUCAGGAUGCUAAUCGGCACAAUUGUUUUCAAUCACUGCAUACAUAGAGGACAGUUUGUAUAAUAUUUCCUUCUUUUGCAUGCGAUAUUAUAUAAUUAGAGGGAUGUGUCAAAUCUGGGUCAACGCUUUGGACAUUUAUCCUUCUCAGGUGAAAGCUCUGUGAGCCAAUGACACUCCACUCCACCUGGGUCAUGUGACCUAAGGACAGACGAUGCCACAUAUUUGUAUCUAGAGGAGACAUGUUGUGAAAGGUAAAAAAAGACAGACUGUAAACUAUGAGACAGAGCUGUGAGACAGACAUUUGUGACUGAAGCUUGUCUGACAACUUCUGUGGUGAAACACUGAAAGAACACUGGUUGCUUUUUCUUUUCGAUGUUUAGGCCUACUAUACAGGGAUAAUGAGAACUAGCACUCCCAUAGUAUCUAAGUCAGCUACAGUACGACUCACUCAAAUGUAUACGUAUAGAACUAUUUCUUGUUUUUCUUACCAAGUACUCAAGGGGAAAGUUCACCAACAGACCUUUAUGAAUAUACUACUGUAGAAGUCUUUAUGACAUGGUUUAUGGCGUGACUGUGAAUAGUAUCAGCCUAUAAAAGUUUMUUCGGAAAAGCAAAGAUCACCAACAAUCCUUUUCCCAUAUCAUAAUAUGUUAGAUUAAAGUGGAGCAUGAACUCUGCCCAGCACAAUGAAAUCACAUUGUGUUUAUACUCUAUAGAAUAAGCUUUCAUUUGUGAAAUAAAAACCAGAAAGCUAA